AUGGAAGAGCUACGACACUGCGUAACGCUCUCGAUACCUUGCCCCACACUUGCCACAGCCACAACAAUUCAGCAAGUGAUCACGGUGGAUAAAGAACUUCGUCCCUAUGAUGUGCACAAAUCAUUCACUGUGGAAGAGGCUGACCACGGGGCCACACUUCAUAUGACAAUGAAGGCUACGACACUGCGUCACUUACGUCUGGCCCUCAAUGCGUUUUUGGAAGAUGCAGCAUUGAUUGUGAGAACAAUGGAUACGUUUGAACAUGGCCACCUCAUGCCUACGCACGGCCCGUUGGAACAAGGCUCUGUGGGUUUUGCAGGGUAA